GACCUUACAGGCCUGAGAAACACCGGACUCAAAGACACUGUGCAGGAUUUUCCUCGCUCUCCAGCUUACCAGCAAACAGACAUGAACUCGCUGUAUCUGUGUGGACCGACCAGCAGCAGUGGUCUUUACCCGUUUCCCCGCCUGAACUCGCUGUUUUAUGACACUCACCAGCAGGUGGCAGCACAACACCGGCCUCCAGCUGCAGCGCCCAUCCAGAGCCUGACUGUGGCGGAGCGCCUCGCGGAGCUCAUCCUUGAGGCACGCUAUGGGAACCAACAGAAACAGAGACGGAGCCGCACUGCCUUCACCGUGUCGCAGCUGCAGGCGUUGGAGAAAGCCUUCCAGCAAACCCAGUACCCGGACGUGGGCAUGAGAGAGAGACUGGCUGUGUGCAUCAACCUCCCAGAGGCUCGCAUCCAGGUAUGGUUCAAGAACAGGCGCGCCAAGUUUCGCAAAGGCCAGCGUUUUGCCCCUCUCCCAAAAGGACGAGGCCCGGAGGACGCCCGUGACAGCAAACAAGCGAAAGAAGAACUGACAGAUGAGGAGAAAGGCUUCAUUUCCCAAACGCAACAUUCGUCCAGCAGGGACAUCAGUCCCAGUCCCACCAGCGCUUCCCAAGAGGAGCCGGCUCAUUUCCAGCCUCCAUCCCGUCUGCAUUCCCCAACGGCUCUCCCACCGUUUAUAUUUGGAGAGCGGCAGCAGCAUCCACUGCCUUGCGCUCUGGGCCUUCUGUCAUCGGCUCUACCUUUCCCUCCUGCGUUCUUACCCAUCAUACAGCCGCACAGUAAUGCCGCAGAUAUGGUGCCAAUGGGGAAAUGCAGCGGCCUUGGGCUACAGAGUGGCUGCCACACUAAAUCCGUGGCUUACCCACGUGUGGACUUGUAGCUGCACCACCCAGCCCCCCCAGAAAGGAUAGAUACAUACCCUGCUGUGCCAGUUGUCAUUGGGGGCGGUGGCGGGGGCUGUAAGGAUGGGAACAGGUGCUCCUGUGUGCCACAUUAUUGCACUCCAGUGGACUGAAUAGUGUGGGAGAGAGUUGGGAUUAGGGCUUUUGUGUUUUUAACUGCCAUUUAAUGACCUCUUGAUGAGUUUACACAACCGCACACCUCACUGGUAAGAGGCCCUAGAGGUCGUCAUAGUGGUCCACACUGCAGAUAAAUACAUGGUGCUGCCCUGCUGUUUUUUCUGAGCACUUUUUUAAAUAUACACUUCCUAUAGCAUAUUAAUGGGGGGGUAAACAUUUUUUAAAAGCACUCAAAUGAAAUGCUGGAGAACUGUUGGGAAGCUUGCCUUUAUUCGGACUUGUUUUAAAGAGGCUGAUAUGUGUCACUAUACCUGAACCAAGUUCUGCGUAUUACCACUCUGGAAAGUAUCAGGCCUGCUAAAAAGUAGACUAGACCUCCAGAUUGCAUGAGAGCCUGUUUAAUACUAUGACAAUGUCAUGAGAGUAUACAUAUUUCUUUGUUUGAUGAUGCAAUAAAGAAAAUAUACCUUGACAUGAGUGUAAACAAGAAAAAGGAUUUCUGCACAGUACCACAUAUGCACUGUAUUGUCGCACUGUGGAAGAGGGAAUUACACUGUUAAAUUUCCGCAAUAAAUUCGGAAAAUUAAAUGGUUACAAUGUAAACAAAGUCAUUCAGGGUGAAAUGCUGUGUUUUAGAGAAACUCACCGAGUCAGAAUUGUUCGUAGUGGUGGUGAUGGGAACCAGACGUCUGAAGAGUUUAAUAUACAUAUAAAUGGUUACGGAGAAGUGGCCUGAGACUGUUUUACGGUAGUUUUGAGAAAACAUAUUUUAAAAUUUCAUUCACAGUAGAGAGGUCAAUGCAGGCAAAGCGAGGAAAGUGCUUUCUUUUCCAAUUUACUACUAUUUGACUUCAUCAAAAAAAACAAAAACCGAGAAAACACGCUGGUCAUUUUGGGAUGCGCAUAAAAUAUCUAUGUUUGUGUUGUGGACAUGGUGACCUGCAUGGUGACCUGGUUCCUAUCACCAAAAUCUGAGUCUAUAAUUUUCUCUAUAAUGAACCAUCUCAGAUAAAAAACACUCAGAAUGACUUUGUUUAUAUUUGAUUGAUUUUUUUUCACGAUCCAAUCGUCCACCGAUGACAAAAGUACAGUAAAUGAGCUAAUCCAUUAUUCCUUUCCUGCAUUAUUACCUUUAAAUGCAGAUUUAGGCACAUCCACGGAAAUGACAGACAUCAGUCCAUGCGCUGAUAUUCAUUAUUAUUAAUAAACUAUAUAUAUGCUCUAGUAAAAAAAUAAAAGACUACAGUCAUGUUGCCUUUGUUACCACACCAUAACUGUUGAACCACUACUUUCUUCAGUUUAUUGUACACAGUCCUGAAAUAAGAGUGUCUUAGUUAGCUGUGUGCAGGGUUUGGUCACUAACGCAGUGGUUUCACAGUCCUGCUCCUGUAGUUCUGCAGGUUUACAGCAAUGCACACUUUCAUGUUUUUUAAACUCGUUUGACCUCAAAGGACUUGUUGACCAACGAGUUAGUUGAGUCAGGUGUAAUAAAGCAGGAUGUAAUGGCUGUAAUGUUGUGGAAGCCCAUUCCUGCUACUUGAAAUAAAAA